UCUGGGAGAAUGUUCGUUGCGUGGUUGCAAUAUGAAUUCGGACUGAGACCAGCAGAUAUUCUCGAAAGUGGACUAGACCUGACAACGGUUGGAAUUAGGUUGCAGGAAGACUUUCUUCUAUAUUUGGAGAAGAGUAAUUAUUUGGAGAAACUGAAAGAAUGUUAUGCCAAACAAAUCAAUGAUUCACUAAAGAACAGCAUUUUACAACCCGUAAACUUCUAUUUACCAAUUGAUAUGGAAGAUCUGUUGAGUGUAUCAGGUGAACAUUUUACAAACUUGCUGUUUCAUGAACCACACAUUGCUCUUUCUAUUAUUCACAAAGUGGUAUAUACUGCUCUACAUUGCAUGGAAAAUACACAUAUUGUUUUACCAGGACAAGUAAAAAUUGUACUGCGACCCUCAAAUAUAUUGCGUAAUGUCUCUUAUUGGGACUAUAGUGCAGAAUAUUGUGGAAUAUCAACAUUGCAAGGAGUUGUAAUAUCACUAUCAAAGCCACAUAAGUAUACGUAA